AUGGAGAAGAGACCUCUUCGCCGGCCCCACGGAAAAGGCCUAAGAACAGUGAAUGGUCUUGGUGAGAAAGACUUCGAGGCAUACAAGCGCAACUUCUUUGAAUACUACGAUGACCUGAUCAGAGAAUACUUUGGGCCCUUUGAAAGGUUCAAGCUGAAACAAGGCAGGAUUGCAAGGGUGUUGUUUGAACAUGAUACACUGAGGCUGCCCUCCAAGUACGAGUGGGUUGUGACAAGGCUCAGCUAUGGAAAGGAAGGGGAGCUACUAGUCCCUAGAAACUUCUACAUACUGACCGAGACGGUUUUGAGUCUUGACUGCAGGGUUGGAGGGAUUUUUAGAGUCAGGAACUCGAUCACAACCAUCAAGGAGUGCGUAAAGGCCAUUAACUCGUGUGUCGAUAGAAAUCUUUCGUAUAGCGAGGCCCGAAGGCUUCUUAUCCGAGACUUCAAUGUGAUUGAUCUCACAACAGCAUUCAAGGAAAUCCUCAGGGAAUACUCCACCACCAUCAUCCCGGAAAGCCUGAUAGACACGAUGUUCAAAAUAGCAAAAGUCGAAAACGAAGAAGACCAGGUGAUCCUUUGCCAGAUGCUAUUUAUAUCAAUGCCAAAAACAAAUAGACAUGUACUUGAGGCGACAAUCUACUUCCUAUAUGUGAUACACGACAUUGCAACUGACAAGGGAAAGAACCACAAGGAUAAUAUGAACAUGGAGGGAAUUUCCACCAUAAUGAUGCCGAAUCUUGUAAUCAAGCCCCACAGCGAGCUAGAUCUGGAACAGGUUGGAACUCUUGUAAGUUUUAUGAGGAUGUUUUUUGCGAAUUUUGCGACGGUUGUCCAGCUUGAUCCGAAUAUCCUGGAGCUUUAG